UCUCCCCCUACACCCGUCCCUCUCUCUCCUCUCUUUCCCGCCACCACCAGCUCGAAUGAAUUCUCUCCGAACAAAACCCUAACGCCAUCGCCAUAGAAAGAAGUAAAAGAUGCCUGGCCUCGAUGCCGGGAGAAACCCUAGAAUUCUUCGCCCGGCUGCGAAGGACCUCCCGCUUCCCCUCCCCUAUCGACUGCAACAUCCGCCUCCACUGCCUUGUCCGCGCCGCCCUUGGCGACCUCGCCUUCAAGAUCCUCGCCGACCUCACCUCCCGCGGCUUCCGCCCCCAUCCCUCCUCCCUCAACGCCGCCGUCUCCCUCCUCUCCAAGCUCGGCAGCCCCCGCUCCGCCGAGCGCCUCGCUGCCACCGCCUUCCCCGCCCUCGGCUGCCCUCCCGACAUCUUCACCUUCAACUCCAUCAUCGACGGCUAUUGCCGCGCCGGCGAUCUCCACCGCGCCGCCCGCAUCAUGCACCGCAUGGGGUCCGCUAGCCCCCGCCCCGACAUCAUCACGUACAACACCAUAAUCAGCUCUUUCGGCAAGCAUCGGAUGCCCCGAUUGGCUCUCGGUUAUCUGGGCUCAUUGUGGAAGCGCCACUCGCCGAAUGUGGUCACUUAUAGCAUACUCGUCGACAUGUUCUGCAAGCUGGGAGAUUUGGAAAUGGGGCGGGCGGCGUUGAACGAUAUGGAAGUCUCAGGGGUUUUGCCAAAUUUGGUGACUUUCACCUGUUUGAUCGACGGGUAUUGCAAGAACGAUCGGCUGGAUGCGGCAUUGGAGUUAUACGAUCGAAUGUCAGAGCUCUCGUUGUUGCCAAAUGUGGUUACUUACAAUGCGCUCAUUGAUAGUCUCUGCAAGGAGGGUAUGUUGGAGCGAGCUGAGCAAAUGUUCCAUAGGAUGCAUAAAUUGGGGGUGGAGGCCAAUGCGGUCGUCUAUACUUCGUUGAUAGAUGGGUACUUCAAGAGAGGGGAUUUGGAUGCAGCAAUGAGGUAUUUGAGUAGAAUGCGUGAGAAUGGAGUCAGGCUUGAUGUGAAGGGUUAUGGAGUGGUUAUAGGAGGGCUUUGUAGUAAUGGCCGUUUGGGUCAAGCUUUAGAGAUGAGGAAAGAGAUGGAAGGUAGGGGUUUGGUUCUGGAUAAGUUUAUCUUGACCACUCUAAUGGAUGCGUAUUUCAAAGCCGGGGAUUUGAAGAGGGGGUUGGAGUUACAUGAAGAAAUGUUGAGGAGGGGCUUUGAGUCCGAUGUGGUUACCAUUUCAGCGGUGAUGGAUGGGCUUUGCAAGCAUGGACUCGUGAAUGAGGCAAAGGACUAUUUUGCAAAGGCUAAAGAAGCUAAUGAGGUUUCAUAUACUGUGCUUAUCGAUGGGCUGUGCAAGAAAGGGGACAUGAAUAAUGCCGAGAAGAUCUUUGUUGAAAUGUCAGAGACUGGUUUAGCUCCAGACAAGUUCAGUUACACGUCACGGAUAGCUGGGCUCUGCAGAGAAGGGCAUGUAGUGGAAGCACUUAGGCUAAAGAAUUUGAUGCUUCAAAAGGGUAUAGAACCUGAUUUACUUACUUUUAGCUCACUUUGCUGGGGUUUGGUUUCUAAAGGGCUUAUGAUAGAAGCAAGGCAGGUUUUUGAUGAUAUGGUGCAAAGAGGCAUUACUCCGGACUUGGUGGUGUAUGAUAUUUUGAUUAGAGGCUACCUCAAGAGGAAUGAUACAGUUGCAAUUUCUAGCUUGGAAGAAGAUAUGAGGAAGAGGGGGCUAAUCAAGGAAGAGCUGCCACUGUAUAUGGAGAAUGGCAGUGCAAUAUCUGACCGGACGGUGCACUGUGUUGUCUCAGAAAAUGACUGGACUGUUCGGUUACUUUCCAUGUACAAUGCGGAGCAAUCCAGUAAACUAAAGAACUCCAUGCUUCCACACAGCAGACGCUUGUCAAUGUUCCAUGCAAGACGAGCCUUCAUCCUCCCUCCCUCCUCUUCCUCUUUCUCCACCCAACAAACCCCAGCCUCUGCCCUCGGCGACAUCCUCUUAGCCGCCUCCCUUUCCAACACCUUCUCCCGCUCCUCGGGCCUCCCCGCCCUCGACCCAUCCUCCCUCCCGUCCCCCCUCCCGGACUCCGCCGUCCUCCACCUCCUCCGUCGCCCCUCCCUCCCCCCCGCCACCAAGCUCGCCUUCUUCCAAUGGGCCGCCUCCUCUCUCCCGUCCUUCUCCCCCUCCCCCGCCGUCUUCUCCGCCCUCCUCGGCUCCCUCCUCCGCUCCCCCCGGCCCCACCUCGACCAUCUCCGCCCGAUCCUCCGCCUCGCCCUCUCCUCCCCCGCCGGCGCCGCCGCCCUCGACCCCCACACCUUCCGCUCGCUCCUCGACGCGCUCCUCCGCUCCGGCCGCUUCGACUCCGCCAUCGCCGCCCUCGACGACGCCGAGGAGCUCGCCGGCCCUGCCCUCCUCACCCCCCACACUUACGGCUCCAUCAUCCGCGCCCUCCUCCAAAAAUCCCAACUUGGCCUCGCCCUCUCCAUCUUCCGCAAGCUCCUUACGGAGGACUCCGUCGGUGCCGACGUCCUCUCCUGCAAUGAACUGCUUGUUGCCUUGAGGAAGGCCGACAUGAGGGAUGAGUUCCGAUGGGUGUUCGACGAAUUGUCCCAAAGGAACUUCCUUUUUGACACCUGGAGCUAUAACAUCUGCAUCCAUGCCUUUGGGACCUGGGGCCAGCUGGAUCUUGCUCUCAAACUUUUCAAGGAGAUGAAAUCAAAAGGCCCACGAGUAGCCCCCGACCUCUGUACCUACAAUUCGCUGAUCCUGGCGCUGUGUCUGGCGGGGAAGGUGCAUGAUGCAUUGGCUGCCUACGAGGAGAUGAAGGGGUCUGGGCAUGAGCCUGAUCGGUACACGUACCAAACUUUGAUCCAGGGGUGCUGCAAAGCUUACCGUGUCGACGAAGCCAUUAGAGUUUUCAGAGAGAUGGAGUAUAACAAUGUUCGGGCCGAGACAGUAGUUUACAACACUCUUCUUGAUGGGCUUCUAAAAGUUCGGAAACUCACCGAUGCUUGCCAGCUCUUUGAGAAGAUGGUCUCAGAUGGUGUCCGGGCCUCGUCCUGCUCUUACAACAUCUUGAUAGAUGGAUUGUUUAAGAAUGGACGGCCUGCUGCAGGUUUUGCUCUCUUUAGUGAGUUGAAGAAGAAAGGGCAGUUUGUUGAUGCUGUCACGUAUAGCAUUGUCAUUUUGCAGUUGUGCAGGGAGAACCGGGUGGUAGAGGCACUCGAAUUGGUGAAGGAGAUGGAGGAAAGAGGAUUGGCUGUGGAUUUGGUCACAAUAACGUCUCUGUUGAUUGGAUUGCAUAAGAGCAGGAAAUGGGAUUCUGCAGAACAGCUUAUGAGGUAUCUGAGGGAUAAUGCUCUGUUGCCAAGCGUCCUUAGGUGGAAAGCAAACAUGGAAGCAUCAAUGAGAGGUCCUCAGGACAGGUGGAAGGACUAUACACCUAUGUUUCCAUCCGUGGGGAAAUUGAGUGAUGUCAUGAGUUGGAUUAAUCCAACAGAAGAGAAGGAUGCCCAUGACACUAGUUCCGACAGUGAAUCAAAAGAUGAGUGGUCUUCCUCACCAUACUUGGACCAUCUGGCUGACAAGUUUGAGUCCUUUUCUGGUAAUUCUCAAAUGUUCAGAGUAAGUAGAGGGCAGAGGGUGCAGAAGAAGGGGAUUCAGUCUUUUGACAUAGACAUGGUUAAUACAUACUUGUCAAUUUUCCUAGCCAAGGGAAAGCUGAGCAUAGCUUGCAAAUUGUUUGAGAUCUUCAAUUCAUUGGGAAGGGAGCCUGUGAGCUACACCUAUAACUCAUUGAUGAGUUCAUUUGUCAAGAAGGGUUAUUUGAAUGAGGCAUGGGGGGUUCUUCAGGAGAUGGGAGAUAAGCUAUGUCCUGCUGACAUUGCAACCUAUAAUGUAAUAAUUCAAGGAUUGGGGAAGAUGGGGAAAGCAGAAGUUGCAAGCUCAGUUCUUGAUCAGUUGUUGAAGAAGGGAGGAUAUCUUGACAUUGUUAUGUAUAACACUUUGAUUAAUGCACUGGGGAAGGCAGGAAGAAUCAGUGAAGCAAAUGAGUUGUUCAAGCAAAUGGUUGGAAGCGGCAUCAAUCCAGAUGUCAUUACUUUCAAUACACUCAUUGAGGUGCAUGCCAAGGCAGGAAGGGUGAAAGAGGCCUACAAGUUUUUGAGGAGAAUGUUGGCUGCAGGCUGCUCUCCUAACCAUGUGACAGACACAAUUCUAGACUUCCUUGAGAAGGAGAUUGAGAGAUUGAGGUACCAAGAGGCAUCGAUGAAACGUGACACUGAGGAGAUCCUUUAGUGUGAUGGAAGCAAAACACCUCGUAUUCCUCUCCGAUUGAAGUCAUGUUGACUGGAAAUUAGAUAUCUUCAUUUGGAGCGGUUGAUAUGUUGACUGGAAAUUGGAUAUCUUCAUCUGGAGUGGUUUAAGUUUGCAUGUUUUGGAGAAGACAAGCAUCCAAGGCAGGUGAAUUGCUGGCAGAUGGACUGGUUAAAGGACUCCAGCAUAACUGAUUUAAUAUGGCAAACCACAGUAUCAAGGCUCUAAAAAGCUUCAUUGCUGAUGAGACCACAGCAUUUGGACUUAAAUGGAGUCAAUUGCGUACACAAAUCCACCCAGAAGAUUGCAAGAGCCUUGGUAGCAAUCAAAAAAAUAAGAGAAGCUUUCUAUGGUUGAUGUUGAUACAUUAUUCACAAGCAUUACCUUCAGCACAUAAAAGCAGUCUGAACUAUUAUAGUCUCUUCAUCAAUUUGUCUUAGAGAGUAUGAUUUUUGAGAGAUGUAGGCCUCUUCAAUUCAUUGAUUCUGUUUGUAUAUUUUAUGCUUCUUAAUAACUAAAAGGAGAACUAAGACCUACUAGAUGGGAAA